ACCAUUGGCCUGGAUGGCAAUCGAAAGAGAAAUCAUGCUGAAGAAACUUCACAAUGUCAAAGUUCUGACUUUUCAGGAAGUUUGCAAAAUCGCCGAGAACCUUGAAUUUGAUGUCACUGACAAGGAGAAUUGUGUCAAGGAUUGCUUGAGCUAUUUACACCGCACUGGUAUAGUGAUAUACCUGGCUACUGAUGAUACGACAAGCAAGGUUGUUACUGACCCUACAUGGCUAGUAAGAUGUUUUCGAUUGAUCAUUACCGUAAAAAACGCCAACCGUAGCACUACGGAGACGUCCGACAUGCUGGAACGUUACGAAAAGACAGGGGAAAUACCUAUGAAAUUGGUCAGGUUACUUUUAAAACAAGGCAAUGAAAACGACAAGUUUUCUGCACACGAGGAUGUACUUGUAUUUUAUAUGGAACGACUAGAACUUCUUACUCGUCCAUUGACUAAAGAUGGCCAGACAGUUGAGGAUGUUUUCCUAGUGCCCUGCAUCCUUCCAAACGCAGAACCUGAGAAGCUACGACACAUCAUUGAGAAUCCCAAGGCAACAAAAUCCUCAACAUUGUCGUUUGUUUUUCGGGAUGCAUUUGUCUCCUCUCCCAUCUACGACAAAUUACUCGCAUCCUGCAUCCACAGUUUUCAGGUUGCUGAAAUACAGGGGAUGGAUCCUUCAUAUUGUCUUCAAAGGGGAUUUGGCUGUUUCCGUCUAAAUCCACGCUGGAAUAUGAUUAUCCAUUGUGACGACAAUAUUGUCAAAGUAACUCUAUUUACAGAGAAGGAAACAACAGUGAACCCAGGUGAGGGUUUCCACGCAAAGAAUGUCCUGGCAUCUCUGUUGAACAAUGCCUUCAUCACAAACCAGCUACAGCACCUCGUCGACUCAUUUGAAUAUUGCCUUGAUAGUUCCUAUUACGUGAUUCCUGGCAAGUUACCUCUUACCGUAUCACGUAAUACUGAUCACUGCGACAUGGUCGACCCCGGCUGGGCAGUCUGGUUUAGUACUCCAAUAGCAUCCGCAGAGGAUCCAGUAAAUCUUGCAAUGCUGAAGAAAAGACUCAAUCCAAAGGAACUCAGUCAUGUGGCAAAAUACAUAGGGGCAGACUUCUGUGUAUUAUUUACUGCUCUCGGACUAACUACCCAAGACAUGCAAGCUGUGCAACUUUCCUGUCCCAAAGUUUGCCACAGGAGCUACGUAACGCGUUUGCUUGUCAAAUGGAGAAACAGACAAGGACAAGGAGCUAUCUUCGAACACAUACUCAAGGCAAUGCAGUUUGCAGAAUUUAACACAAUUGAGCUGUGUGAAGAAUUGGAUUCCCUAUCAACCAUGUAUACACCAGACGAUGGUGAAUGUCAAUUGGAUAUGUCAGUACGCCUUCUUACUGAAAGGGAGAUAAGGGCAGUUACGAAAAGAAUUGGUCUAUCUUUUUUGAUCUUCUUCCUCGAGUUAGACCUGGAGAUUGAAGAGAUCGAAUGUACAACGGCGGAGAUAAAUGGAAUACGGAAUAUUACCUUUGCUUUGCUCUCAAGCUGGAGUACCCAAUCCGGAGUCUGCUCCCAGCUGAACCGUGUAUAUUGCGCGGCCAAAGAAUGUGACAUGGACCGUGUUGCUAUGACAGAGGAUCUUCUUCGACUGCGACAGGAUGAAAUGGAAACAGGCUAGGAUUGAAGUUCUUAGAAGUGAAGACAAGACUUCGAAUUGUAAAUGAAUGACCUAUUCGUUAUCAAAAACAUAGCGAAGACACAAACAUAACUCUUUAAUUACAAACCAUACCGAAACUGCUUCUGUUCUGAAAUGACGGACAUUUUUGUAUCUACAUGUUAGAGUGUAGUUACGGUCGUGACCCGAUUGCCUUAAACUUUUUAUGUUCUAUAUCUGUACACAAUAUAAGUAACUGUGAUAUCCGAAGCUCACAACACAGUGUACGAUAACAUUAUAUGUCAAAGAGGUGGAUUUUUCAAAAGUUUUGUCAAACAUUUGACGCCGAAGAAAUGCAUAUAUCACGAAAGUGAUGAAACUAGCUAUGCUUCUAUUUCCUUAAAAAGUCUGGUAAGUUCCCUAGUGAUUGGAAAAGUUUUACCAAUUCAUAGAAGUGGAUCUAAAUCAGAUGUGUCCAAUUUUAGACCCAUAUCUGUCUUAAAUGCAUUAUCUAAGAUUCUUGAGAGGCAUGUACACUGUGAAUUUUACAAAUAUCUAUGUGCAAAUAACCUGUUGGUGUCCUCUCAAUCUGGUUUUAGAAAAAAUUACUCCUGUGAAACUUCCUCACUGAAUAUUGUUAACUCAUGGACACAGGAAGUUGAUCAAGGAAAUAUUUUUAGACUUUAGAAAAGCGUUUGACUGCGUAGAUCAGUUUUAAUCCAAAAGUUGAAACUCUACCAGUGCAAUGAUUUAGCGGUGAGCUGGUUUAAACCUUAUCUCACCAAUAGACUACAAAAAGUAAGUAUUUCAGGUGAAUUGUCCCAAAGCCUGAUUAUUACUCAUGGAGUCCCUCAGGAAUCGAUAUUGGGACCUCUUUUAUUUUUAACUUUUAUAAAUGAUCUUCCCUUAGAAAUACAGUAUAAAACUGAUAUGUACGUUGAUGACACAACUCUAUCAGCUUCUGAUUCUUCUAUUUUAAAUGUCCAAAAUAAAUUACAAUGUUACCUUAAUGCAGUCGAAAACUGGUGUACGGAAAAUAGAAUGAUUAUUAAUGCUGACAAAACAAACUGUAUGGUUAUAACCACAAAGCAGAAACAUAAUAGAAAUGAUUAUGUCUUAGAUCUGUCUUUAAACAAUACAGAGCAUGACCAGGUACAGUCUGCUAAAAUACUGGAUGUAAAAAUUGAUAAGUGUUUAUGCUGGGAAGAUAAUGUCAACUAUGUAUUAGGAAAACUAAGUAAAGGUUUGUGUCUGUUGAGAAGAAUUAAGAAAUACUUUCCAAGGAACGCUAGAAUCAAAUAUUUUAAUGCAUGUGUUUUCCCCCACUUCCUGUAUUGUUCAACAGUCUGGAGCGGAUGUCCAAAAAUCUGUCACAAAUGCUUUACAAGGCUCAAAAGCAGGCAACAAGGGUGAUUUUAGAUGUACCAUAUGACACUCCAUCUGAUGAUUUGUUUUGUGUUUUAAACUGGUUGUCAUUAGCUGAUUUUUAUCGUUACAGGACAGGUUCAAUGGUAUACAAAUGUGUCCAUCAUCUUGUUCCAGAUUAUUUAUGUAGUUUGACUAAAAGUCUGAUUUCCAUACCAGAUGUACAAGAUCAAGCCAUAGCAAUAUUUUACAUAUUCCUAAACAUCGUUCCAAGUUUUAUGGGAAUAAUUUUGUAGUUGCAGGAAGCCAACUCUGGAACAAUUUGCCGAAUGAGGUAAGGACGGCAACACGUUUUGCCUCCUUUAAACGUUCUUUCAGCAAUCACCUCAUGGAGCAUGGAUGAACAGAUUUCAUAAUAAAAUUAUCUAAAGAACUGUUUUAAGUCUAUUCAAUAUUUUAGCAGAUUAUUAUCCUAUUGUCUUACCUAUCAAAUUUUAACCCAUAAUUAACUGUUUAUCCUCCAGUGUAUUUUUUGUGUCAACUUUGUAAACACACAUUUUUAUAUUAUUGGUAUUUUCUUAUGUCAUUUUUUGUUUUUCUUUGCUACACUAUUAUAUAUAUGUAUAAGGCUGGAGCUGUUUAAAUUGAUUCAAUAUUAUGUAUGAUAUUUAUGCAUCACGUGAUAUUCCAGUCCAAAUUGUUAUCUGUGACAUCUUGCUUUCUUACUACAGGUUUACUAUGUAUAUACAAUAUGUAACUUUUAACUAACACAUAUAUACUGUAUUUUACUAACAAGAGUUAUUUCUAAUUGUUCCAUACAAAAUAUUCAAAUGGAGAACUUCUACUGGAGUACUAGCUUCAUGUCUGUACAAAGUUUUGAAUAACGGUUUAUGAGAACUGGACUGAAAAAAAAACUGAACUUUGUGAUUUGACCUAUCGGUUUCCAUGGUAACAGAAAAAGUUUUGAAAUGGAGAACCUCCCCAAAGCAAAACACAUUAUUAGCUUAAUAAGUUUAAAAAAGUUUUGGGCAAUUAUCUUGAACGGUUUCAGAGCACUGAUCCAGAAAAUCGAAAUUUGUGAAGAGGGUUAUCUGUUUUCAUGGGCACUAACCUAAUAUGUACAGAGAGUUCCGUGGAGUUGAAUGGUUUCGAAGUUUUCAGCUCGUUGAUUUUGAAUUAUCAUAUCCAAUACCAUAAAGCGCUGGUUACGCUCGCUGUUAUAAUUAGUUAUUACUAUAGUUAAAGUCUACCCAGGACAGGCGUACACGUCGGGGGCGCAAGAAUUUCACGGUUCGAUGGUCGAAACUAAGGUCUUGAUCGUUCAAGUAAGACCUGUUUUCAGAGGUGAUUUUUGGUAUAUUUCAAACAAUUCGGACACAAAAUUGGUCUGGUAUUCGGAAUUGAGAGCAAUCGGUAUUGAGAAGUUUUUUUAUUACUGUAAAAAGAGUGGACGUCAUCGGUUUCAAGAGGUGAUCAUCUUUGAGAAGGAUUGGUUUGGGGAAGUUGCACUGUAUUGUAGUUGAUUUGGCUACGCUUUGUAUUACCUGUAAAAGUGUUGAUUUAUAGACUGCUUUCAUAUUGUGAUAAUUUUCCCACAAUAUACUGUCCUGGUCAAAGUGAACCUGAAGCUCUCACAUUGUCUAUGUGAUAUAAUAAAUUAUGGAUACGUAUCGUGUAAACUCUAGAUGUAGAAUGCGACACCUUUGUUGGUUUGUUGUUGAAUAGGUAGUGUUACCAAUAUUUGUACUCCUGUUACUAAAAAUUCCUCAACAUAUUAUAUAUACACAUAGUAUAUUGUCAUUUAUCCAAAAAUCGAAAAUCAUAUAAUACGUCAAUGGAGAAAUAUACAUUGUGGCGUUUUUCAUUAGCUGCACCAGUCUGAAAUCGAUCGUGGUGUCAAAAUAUCUGCACUGAUGAUACAUUAUGCCGAAAUGCCUUCAACUUUGAUGAGAAAAUGUUCGUUUUUUUUUUACAAUAUUUGCCAGAAUUAAGGAAUAGAUGGGGAAACCGGUCUUAAAUUCUCGCCAAAUGCUAGAUAAGAUAAAAGCAGUCUUCCAUAAAUCACAUGCAAUGUACUAUUUAUCAGGAGAGAAUGACUAAGGUUCAGUAUUUUUGUAAGUUAGUAUUCUCUUCCGAAUCAAAUCAUGUAUACAUGCUUUACAAAUGUACUUGUUCAAGUU